GUCGGCAAGCUCAGCCCGUUCGCGGUCGAGAACAGUGAGGUCAGGGAGCAGAGGCGGCACCUGGAUUCCAGCGCGGAGGAUUUCUUCGUCUGGCGCCUCUCCCUCAUCCGGUCCCUGGACCCGCCCGUGCAGUUAGAUGCUGCGACGGCCUCCAGAAGUUGGAAGCCUGUCGCCUUCCUUCGGCGCACCGCCGAC